GCAAGAUGUCUGCGCCCAUGCUGUCCACGGGAAUCGUACGGCAAACGCUGCGCUCGGGCAGACAAAAUGUGGAUAAUUUUAGGUUAGCAAGAAAUGGAAAUCCACUACCCGCUGAGCGUGGGCCAGAUUUCGUUUUUCCCAGAAGAAGUACUUCUUCGUACUGCCUUGAAUUGGUCAGGUGAGAAGGAAACAUGAUUAUGAAAACUUCUUAUGCACUCUGCUGUUGCCAAACCAAGCACGUGCUGGGGUGUUUGCAAUCCGUGCAUUUAAUGUCGAGUUGGCACGGGUCCGCGACACAGUGUCAGAGUCGCAGAUCGGUCUCAUGCGGCUCCAGUUCUGGUCGGACGCCAUUGACAAGACGUUCCGCGACGAUCCCCCCCAGCAGCCUGUGGCACUGGAGCUGCACAGGGCUACGAAGAAUCACCGGAUCUCCAAGGGAUGGCUGAAGCGGCUGGUGGAAGCACGCAAACAUUCGCUGUCCAAUCACCCGUUCUCCACCACGCGGAGCAUGGAGGAGUAUGCUGUCAACACUGUCUCACCUGUUAACUACCUCGUACUACAGUGCAUGGACCUAGGUCUGGCGGUGGGAUCCGAGCAGCUGCAGCUGGCCAGCCGUCUGGGCCGGGCGCAGGGCGUGGCCUCGCUGCUGCGCGCGACGCCCCGGCUGGCGCCGCGCCGCAUCUGUCAUCUGCCGUCCGACCUGCUGCACAAGCACGCUGUGCCCGCCGAGCAGGUGUGGCGUGGCCGCGACCAACCCGGCCUGCGUGAGGUGACCUUCGAGGUGGCCAGCGUCGCCCACCGGCACCUGGAGCACGUGAAGGAGCACUUCGCCGAGCUGCCGGUGGCGGCGCGUUCGGUGUUCCUGCCAGGCGUGGCGGUGGCCAGCUACCUGCGCCGCCUGCAAAGGGCCGACUUUGACGUGUUCCACCCGGCGCUGCAGCGUCGCGACGGCUGGCUGCCCGCCCGCCUCUGGUGGGCACGGCUGAGGCGCACGAUGUGAGCAGCCGGUUGGCGGCUGGCGUCACUCCGCAGACAGCUUCUCCUGGGGUUGUUACGCUGUUCCUGUCGGAACCCCCGAGGCUCGAUCCCACUGAGGCUGUUGGUGUUAUGAAGAAUUCGAUUGAAGCGUCAAUGUUGGUGAUCGUUGCGCAGGCUCUUAAGCACUGAAGUUAGGCUUGUAGUUGUGCAAUAAAUGCAAGUGUCUGUCA